UGUAAUCCAUCAUAAUCCAAAAACAGAAACUUGGCGGUAAAAUGGACUGUGUCCGCUUUGUCGGAUAGUCAACUGUGUUACUCUAAACAGAGCAUUCAAUCACUGAACCUUCACCGACAUGGAGGAAGAAGCAGACCCGUUUGAUCGCCAGGAAGCCGAAGAAGGAGACGUCGGGGAGAGAAACAGCAACGACGAAGGACAUAAAGAUGACGAGGCUGAGGAGGUGCCAACAAAAAAAACAACCGUGAAAAGAAUCGUGCGCAAUCCACAGCCCAAGCUGAAUCCUGACAGACUGAGCGGUCCAAAGGGGAUUCCGGAACUAUUAAGAAUGUCUAAAAAUAUGAAGCUGAAAGGCAAGGGACACGAACUUCAGGAUCUGAACCUGAUAAUGAAUACGCUCAAGCACUGGGGCCAUCGCCUGUUUCCCAAGAUCAUGUCGAACGACUUCUUUGAGCGGGUUGAGAGGUUGGGCACCAAAAAGACAGUUCAAGGCUAUGUAAGAAGGGUCCGGAUGGGCUUGGAAAAUGUGGACAUCACUUCUGUUCCCAAGAGUCUGGACAUGGUUGCGAGUGACGGCGAGGACGACGUCCAAAGAGGAAUGGACGACCACCACAGGGAUGCCCCGCAGGAAGAUCUCUUCGAAAACCUUCUUGACAGCACCGUAAAUGACGUCAACAGUGAGAGCUUGGCGUCCCCAAGCUACACUUUGCAAACACCAAAACCUCCCAUGGUGUUUGAUGAAGAUGCCAAAGCUAGGGCGGAACGUAACAGGCAAUUGGCAAUUGAGCGUAGGCUGAAGCGUCUGGCCGAAAAGAGUAGCUUGUCAACAGAGAACAAUCCCACGGACCAAUCUGAAACUUCUCUGAACUCAUCUGUCAUCCAGGACUACUCUGAGCCCACAGACAUUCACAGAUCAGGCAAUGUUCAAGCUAAUGUGCCUCUUGAAAAAACCGCCGAGACCAAUGACACUGCAGCUAUGGCUUGCCAGGGUACCGAAAAAACGUAUGGCGCGUCAGAACCACUUUUUGACAGCCCGAUGGAAACAGACUAAAUUUGAGUACAACCGCAGUGUUUUUCACAGUGAAGUGUGUUCUAGUGGUGUGGACUUCUUUUUAUCGAUACAUUGUGCUUUAUUUGGAUCAACUGCUGCUAGCACGCCAAGGCAAAGCACGUGCUCAAAAUAAAACUUUCGUUUUCGUCCUGGCAACAA